CACUAAUUGAAUCAAUGCAGAAUCAGAAUCAAAAUCAGCAAUCACAUUUUCCUAACCCUCCUUAAAAUCCAGAUUUCCAAACUCAACUGCUUCUUCAACCCACAACUCAUUAUCCUCCAUGGACUUCAACCACCGAGCUAUUGGGGUUACGCCGCCGCCGCCGCCACCGACGCAGUCCUUAUACACGGCCUUCCCUCCUCCCCCUCCUUCUCCGGCCAUUGCCGUCUACUCCGACCGAUUGUUGCGAGGUGAGUUUCUAAACAUGGUUUCAAUGCCGCUGACCAAUGCGGUUGCCGGAGACUCCGUGCGGGAACUGGAGAAGGCGCAGAUACGGCGAGAGAUGAUUGCCAGCGGCGUUGCACGGAGGAUUCAGCUUGAAGCUGAGGUGAGGAGGGAGCUCGCCUUGGAAGCAUUGUUGGGAAUUCUUCCAAUGCAGAGAGGAAAUCUGAGUGAAUCAGUGCAGCUGCGGCCACCACCACCGCCCCCGCCACCGCCACCGCGUCGAUCCUUGGUUGAGGAGAGAGUGGCAAUGAGUUUGAAUAACCCUUUAAAUAGUACAUUUGCCCCACCAAAAUCACAACAGUUGCAGCAACUCAUGGCUCCUGUGAAGAUAGAGCCUUGUCCUGAAGAGACUAGCAAGAAGGAUAAAGUGAUCAUACUGGACAAGCCAAACCCAGCUCUCCAUUCCGGAAAGCAGAAAGCUGUAAUACCCCCGCUUGAUGAGCAUCGUAAACCCAAGGAAGUGUGGAGUUGUGCGCUAUGUCAGGUUAGUGCUCCAAAUCAGGGAGUCUUUAGUGCACAUCUUCAGGGUAGGAAGCACAAGGCCAAGGAAGCAUCACUGAGACAACAGAACAAUAGUAAGAGCACCGACACGUCAGUGUCAUCAAAGAGAAGAAAGUCUAAUGAGUUUACUGCAUCCAUUGCUGCCACAAUAUCAAGGUCAAACGCAGAAGCAGAUCAGCAGGUAAAGAAUCUAAAUAUGGUUGAUACAGCUAGAGUAGAAUCUAAAAAAGGGGAGCAACCUGAGCAGAACAGGCAAAAUAUAGAACCUCUGAAGAAUAAGAAUGGUACAAGUGAUCAAGCGGAGAGAAGAAAUGCAUUAAAGAAAAUACACGCGAAAUUUUGGUGUGAAACGUGUCAGGUUGGAGUUUGGGCAGAAGCUGUGAUGGAAGACCACUUGAAAGGGAAAAAGCACCUGAACCAAAUGAAGAAACUUGGCGCAAACCAUUCGAGUUCCGCAUCUUCCGACAUCACAAGAAGCUCCUGUCAAUUUGAUCAAAGAUAACAACAGAAUAGCCAAAGUUCACAGUUUGUUCAGUGAUGAAUGGAGAGAGUGGGACAAGAACUCUAACCACAUCCAAGGUGCUGCAAAAUUUGAAGUUGCAAAGGUUUACUUGUAUGGUAUCCAUGUCAUUUUGUAUAUUAUUAAGUUCUUACUAACUCGGUAAUGUAAUUGGAACUUGGAUCACUACAGAUGAUUUGGUUCAGGGAAACGGUACAUGACAUUAACGUAUUGCUACUAAGUAAAAUACUCUUUCCUUGUU